AUGGAAGAAGACGUUCAAAGUGGAACCAGCGAUUGGAACAGACCAAACGAUGCAGAUGAUCAAUCUCGUCAGUCAUACUCGGUACGAUCCCUUAGACUACUCUAUCGAUCACCAAGUUUGAACGAGUUAAAUACAGUGCGGAAUGUAGUCAUCUCAAUGAACACGGAGGGAGGACUGGUUGGGGAAUGCCACAAACGUCAUUUAUUCAUGGACCCCGUGCAUAGCAAACGUAAAAAGUCGACUUUCAACGAUUCCACAUCACAAGAAUCCAUGCGAGAUCGUUUCCGAAAAUCUCCGCGUCCAUCGCCUAGUUUGGUUGAAGAAUCCGCAAGCUAUAUGAAUGCCACACCACAAACAUCGGCUGCUACUGCUUUUCCACAUCUCACUGCAGCCUCCUUUGCUGCUAAAGCGGUUACCGUACGUUCAACUUCAACAGAAUCUGCCCCUUCCUUGUCGGGAGCAUGGUCUCCCGAGGGAGGAGGGAAACAGAUGUUCCCAACUAUGUUUAAGAAGCAAAUGAUCGCCCGUUAUGAAAGUGCGCCGAUCAGCCUGGAUGUAAAGGUGAGUGGCAGCAACUGCGUUGUACUUAAGUCAUUUCUAAUUUAUUCUCUGACAGUUUGA